AUGCUGGAUUGGACUAUGGAUUAUCCGUCAAGGGUGAUGAUAGCGAACGUGUUAGGUUAUCUGAGUAUAGGAAGUUGGUUAUGUGCCCAGCUACCACAAGUCAUAAAAAAUGCAUCUCUGAGGUCUUGUGAAGGAUUAGCAUUACCAUUUUUGAUCAGCUGGCUAUUUGGCGAUCUGACCAACUUGAUAGGAUGCCUGUUGACAGAUCAAUUACCAUUUCAAACAUAUCUCGCAAUCUAUUUCUGUACAAUCGAUUGUGCGUUAGUUGGACAAUUCAUACGGUAUAGGAAAGGGACUCAAAAUCAGAUCAGACCUCGUAUAUCCACAUCAGCAACAUCAGCUACUCCAACAUCUAGAUAUUUCACUUAUAACAGUUUGAUUUCGUCACCACAUCAAUCUUUGAUAUUACCUCCUUCGACUGCACCUCCAAUUAUCAGAACACGCUCAACAUCCGGUACAGCUAUCAUAACUACCAAUUCCUCUGCUCCUACAACUGCCACCAUUACUGCUUCAGGUACCACUAGACCACGUCCGAAAAGGAACUAUCAUUCAUCAAAUGCAAAUCCAAACCUCAAUUACCUUCAACAUAAUACUUCUCACAACCCACACCCACCUGAUAUAAACGUGCAAUCACCUGCUGAUGGAUCUUAUGCAGCCAUCUAUGAAGCCGCUUUAGAUGUCGCAAGAGCAGCUGAAAGAGCUUCUAAUAGGAGAAGAAGUGCUUCAAAGAAAAGAAGACCAAGUAAACAUACUUCAAAUUCAGUUAUUGGUAUAAGUGAAUUAAUACAAAAUGAAGAUUUAACAGAUUCAUUUCACUCAGAAAUGUCUUCCUCGACGAUUGGUGAAGGUGAAACUAAUAACAAUUACGGUGGACGAUCGAGGUUAACUCAAUCGACUGGGACGCUGUUAGGUGAUAAUAGAGGCAGAGGUAGAUCAAUGACUCGAACAAGAACUAAAUCACCAGUCCUAUCAGGGUUAAACACGACUGAUAAUUCGUUUUCAAGUCAAGAUGAAUUAGAUGGAUUACCUACUCAAGGGACUUUAGGCUUGAUCCUUGGAAAUGCAGCUACGACGCAUCAAGGUCAAUCAGAUAUGAGAGAACACAAGAGGAGUCAAAGUAGAAGUUUAAGUUUAGUGCGUGGAUCAGGUGGGAGAGGCGGAAGAAGAGCCGCAGGUGUAGCUUUCAUGAGUUUGGGCUUUCUAGUUGGUUUUGGAGGAUUCAGUAGCGAUGUUUCAGGAAGAACAGUAGGUACAAACGUAGGAAGAGUUUUAUCUCAACCGAAAGGAUUACAACCAAAUUGGAACUCUUUGGGAGAUUCUUCGGAUUUCAUGUCAAUAUAUCAUAUUGAAUCAUCAAGCAAUCCUCAUAUAACGGAAAUCCCUUUCAUACAUAAUAACCAAGAAAAAUCACCACCUCAUCCGCCUGAUGAACCUCCAUCUUUUCAACGUAUUAUAGGCAGAAUAUCAGCUUGGGCAUGUACAACCUUAUAUCUCGCUUCUAGAUUACCUCAAAUAUGGAAGAACUUCCAACGCAAAUCCGUUGAGGGUUUAUCCAUAUUACUAUUCGUAAUGGCAUUUUUCGGCAAUGUCACUUAUGUUUCUUCCAUUUUGCUGAAUCCCGCUGGCGGAGGAGAUCCAAAUGAAGCCGGACAUUAUUUGUUGGAGGCCUUACCAUACCUAUUGGGGUCAGGCGGCACUUUGAUGUUCGAUUUGACGAUAAUGAUCCAAUCUUUGAUAUACGGUUCAUCACCUCCUUUACCUGUACCGCCGACACCGAUGGAAAGGUCCACGAGACGUAGAGAAAGAGGUUACUUUGCUUCUAGACGCAAGAUCAGACAUUUGGAAGAUGGCUCAAUCGGACAUCGAGAUCAUGUUAGAUCUCACAGUAACAGUCACGGUCAUACUUAUAAUCAUUCACAAAACUCAGAAAGGGCCCCUUUGUUACCUCCAGUCAAUCUCACAAUACAUACAGAUCCAAACCUUCUACCUGUGACGAAUAACGAAUUAGAUACCAAUACCAAUACCAAUAUCAAUAUCAAUAAUCCCGAAUCAGGCUUGUCGAUGAAUGGAAGACAGGAUGACAGAAGUACAAGUCCCGAAAAACAAUAUAGAAAUAGAAGUAGAAGUAAGAAAAGAAAUACUACUAGAUCGAGUGAAGAUAGAAGUUUAUCUAGAUCAUAA